CUGUGCGGCGGCAGCAUGGAGGUCCUGCCCUGCUCCAGGGUGGCUCACAUCGAGCGCAAGAAGAAGCCCUACAACAACAACAUCGGUUUCUACACCAAGCGCAACGCCCUGCGGGUGGCUGAGGUGUGGAUGGACGACUACAAAUCGCACGUCUACAUCGCGUGGAACCUGCCGCUGGAGAAUCCAGGUAUUGACAUUGGGGAUGUUUCCGAGAGAAAAGCGUUAAGGAAGAGCUUGAAGUGUAAAAAUUUCCAGUGGUACCUGGACCACGUUUAUCCGGAAAUGAGAAGAUAUAACAACACCGUUGCUUAUGGCGAGCUUCGAAACAACAAAGCGAAAGACGUCUGCCUUGACCAGGGCCCGCAGGAGAACCACACAGCGAUAUUGUACCCGUGCCACGGCUGGGGACCGCAGCUUGCACGCUACACCAAGGAGGGAUUCCUUCAUCUCGGCGCCCUCGGGACCACGACUCUUCUACCCGAUACCCGCUGCCUGGUGGAUAACGUGAAAAGCCGCUUCCCUCAGCUCCUCGAUUGCGAAAAGGUCAAGAGCAGCCUCCAUAAGCGCUGGAAUUUCAUACAGAAUGGUGCCAUCCUGAACAAGGGAACAGGACGAUGCUUGGAAGUGGAGAACAGGGGAAUGGCCGGCAUUGAUCUGAUUCUUCGCAGCUGCACAGGACAAAGGUGGACAAUUAAAAAUUUCAUCAAGUAAAGGGGUGGAAGAGUCAGAGGAGUUUGACUCGAAACGUGGCUGACUUGGACUGAUCCAACUGGACUCCUUUGGAAAGGACGAAAUAUCAAAACAGAGCUUUAUUCAUGUUAUUAGGAGAGGACAUGGGGGAAAUUGGCAUUGGUGUCUUUUUAUUUUUAUUGUAUAUUAGUCACCCACAGCUGAUUCCAACUGUGUGAAAUUGGGUCAGAACUGCUAUUUUCUUCUGGCAAGCACUCUAAAAGGUACCACUUAUUUCUGCUGGAAUGACUGUAAUGCAGUCUUGUGAGCAUUUUACUGACAGGGAAUUGUUGCUUUCCCAGAUGACUCCAAGUUCUCCCAAAGGGCCAGGUAGGUUUGCAC